GCCGUACAUCGUGUCUCGUCCUGUUUUUGCUGCUGUCGGAUGGUCCUGCAGCAGCAACAGCAACGUGCAGCAUCAGAGCCUGUGGCUGCGCCGUAGCAGGAGCGGCGUGACUUGCAGGAGGCGCGGUCCUGCUGCCAUUAGAAAGUCCUCGCUGGCUGCGAUGCUUUUCAGCGACAGACAGUGCGUGCUGAAAGCUUGAUACGAACUACACCGCCGGUCUCUAUAUAUCGGGCGAUUUCUAAACGUACUGAUUUUUUCGGGUUUUAACAAGACAUCGAUCAUAUUAUUAUUGAUAGUACCAAUUUUGAAGCGUGAUUAGAUUGUGAAAAAUGAUUUUUUUCCGGCACUUAAUGAAGGGCUUAAGAAGACUGAUCAAUCUGAAACUAGAUCUCGCAGAAAAUACACGCCAUUGAAUUAUCGAAUCACAUCGGCGAUGCAUCUGUACGCAAGCAAUUAGCCGCUGCUUCGAAUAAAUUGCAGAGCGCAGGCAAAUGUGAUUUGCACUUUCUAUACAGUGCGUUCGCAUGGAAAUGGAGUAGCAUCUUAUCCAGUCUUGUAGGAAGACUAGUCGCUGUUUCAAUUCAAGUGUUUGUUAUUAAAACCGAAGCAAGAUGAUGGAGGCCGAAGAGAUUAUCAAGGUCGUCAAUGGCAUCUAUAAGAAUAUUUUGGAGAACUUCAACCCUGGUGCCAGGCAAAUGAUCAAUGCUGGAAAAGCUUACCUGAAGGCUCUACAUGGUACAUAAAAUACAAAUACAUUACAUUACAUUACAAAUCUUCAUGUGAAACAUUUUAGAUGCGGCGGCCGCUUCGAGAAUAUACGUCGAUGCCAUUGGCAAACUGGCACAACAAGCUCAACAGGACACUUGGGGAGGAUCCUCCGAUAUAGGUUCUGCUCUGAUGAAAAUCGUCGAGGUGUACAAAGAAAUACAAGAGCAACAAGUUAAUAUACUCAAGGCGUUUUAUGUCGAUUUGCUAGUACCAUUGGAAACAAAUCUAGAGAAAGACACAAAAGUUAUACAGUCCGAACGCAAAAGGUUUGUUCAGCAGCACAAACAACGGCUGGAUACAUAUAUAAAAACAACAGCAUUAAUGAAAAAGCAAAGGAAGAAAGUUAGGGGAUCCGGCAAGUCCGAACUGGCGAUGGAUAAGGAACUGAAGAACAUGAAGCUGUUGGAAAUUGAGAAAUCCAAACUAGAUCUAUUUUAUGAACAGAGCUUAAAAAAUGCAAUGACUCAGGAAAGGAGAAGAUAUGGAUUCGUUCUAGAAAGACAGUGUUCUUUAUCGAAGCAUUACUUAUCGUAUUAUACCUAUGGAAUGGAGGCUUUUUCGAAGAAUAUCGAUCAGUGGUCUGAAGUUGCGAAAACACGGGAAACUUUACCAAAGUCUGGGGAAAGCCUUUUCAGCAGUAGGCUUGGGCAAAUGACAUCCUGGCAAGACGGCGGCGGAGGCACCGGAGACGACGUGUACUCGAACCCCCGGAGUGGCAAUUUCGACGAGGACUCCAUGAGCAUGAACUCACAACUCCGGAAAACGAAAAGCGUAGACGCUUCCUGUCUGGAUAUUCGUUCGAUGGAUGACGCAGGGUCGCCUGUUAGCACUUUGUACAGAGCUAGGUCGGAGUACAAUCUCAAAUCUUCUGCACAUUCCCCAACUCAAGAAAAUGGUUCCUCCGCAUAUCACUCAAAAUCCUCCUCGACAGACAGACAGUCGCACACACCAUGGCAUGCCCAAAUCGUCAGAGCAAUGUACGCCUACCUGUCCAGUGGAGAAAACCAGCUGAGUUUCCAUGAAGGAGACCUCGUAGCGUUGAUAGGAGAAAGGAACAAGGGGUGGCAGUUUGGCGAAAACCUGAGGACGCAGUGCACGGGAUGGUUCCCAUUGGCUUAUACAGAAAUAAUGAACGAACCGAUUUUAUCUCCAGUACACACCAACGACGUUGGUGGUUACUCUGACAGAAACGGCAUCUCCCACGAAGACAACGGUGGUACAACUCCAACAACUAGCUCUGGAGCACCAUCUGGUAACUCAACGCUAGAACAGGCCUAUAAUACUAGGAAGUUUGGAGAUAGCUUACAUAGAUUUCAUGCUAAUGCUAAGCAGAUUCGGCGAGCAGUAGGUUCUAACAGCAUCCCCCCACCAGCUGCCCCUGCUCCUGAGCCCAAACAAUCCCCGUCCAGCAACAAAAAGAGUGGCCAACAACAUCGGUCCCGUACCAGAAGUACCAAAAUGGAACAUCAGUCUGAUAGCAAUUCCAUGCCUUCACCACAUUCUGGUGGUAUCAAGACAUCGUUGUCUGCUUUUAAUCUGUCAAAUGGAAGGAGUGAUAGGGGCAGUGGACCUCCAAACAGUCAGGAAAAAGGUGGUCAAACCGCUCUCCAUGGUAGCAACGAUUCUGGAUUUUCUGUCGAUCCACGUCAACAACCUGAAGUAGAUUAUUCUGAUGACGAAGUGACCCAACAAAAAAGAAAUCCCAGUCGGCGAAGAAUCAUCCGUCAAAUUGAAGAAAACAACAACGUACAAAAUACAGCUACAAUAAACAGACGGUCGAACACACUGAAACAAGCAAGAAGCCAAGUCAACCUGGUUGAAAACAACAUUUUAUCAGAUAACCCUCAAGAUUUAACCAAAGAUAGCAAAACGCUGAUAAAGCGAAGCAAAAGUUUCUGGAAGUUCGGAAAGAACUCUUCUAGCACCGAAAUCUUAGAAGGCAUGGCGCUUUGGAAACACAAGGACUUGAUCAAUGUCAAAUUAGAGGCAGCCAGGAAUAAUAAAAAAGAUAGUAUGGAAGAACAAACUAGCGAUGGAGACGAGUCGAGUGAUUCAGAUACUAUAAAUAACAAUAAUAUUAAUGAUGGUCACCAUUCAUCAGGAAAGAAUAGUUCUACGAUGGAACCAAAAGUUAAAGAGAGGAGUUACCAGCAGCAGAAACGUAUGAAUGAGAAGAGCUAUUCACCACGGGCAAGUGAGAUCAACGCGAAUGACAAUUUCAAAAUGGUGAGCGAUUAUAACAAAUGUUUCCAUGAAGAUGACGACGAUGGGCUGAUGUUGAAGACAAUCAACAGGAAGAAAAUUGUUCAGCAGUAUGCAAAUAGUUCGUCUGGCUCAGAUUCUGAAACAGAAUCUGAUGUUACCACUGACGAUCCCUAUGAUUGCAUCAUUGUGAACGAUCAGAAGAUCACCAAAACAAAAAGCGAGAAAAACUACUUCCCUAAUGUUUCUGAAAUAGGGAGAAAGUUGGAAGAAUUUAGUAAAUACAAUAACAAGAAAAACAUUAUUCAGGAAAAGAAUAACAUGAAUAUAAUAAUGUAUCGGUCCAGAGAUAGCAGCGAUGAUAUUAUUCCUUACGGAGAGAAGAGAAAUACAUUCAAAACUUUCCAAAUGGAGAGUCAGAAUGAAACUAAGCAACAAGAGGAGACGUAUUACAAUGAAAGUACUAUUAAGAGGAACAAAAACAAAGAUAUACAAGACUAUCAGGAUGAAUGGGAAAGUAAGAGUAAAAUGACAAAAAGCAGAAACAGAUCAAGUUAUGAAAGUAUAGACUCUGAAAAUGACAAUGAAAGACAUUCAAAGAGUGAAAGAAUAUCUAAACAUAAGCAAUACUACGAUUCUAAUACUGAAGAUGGACUGUCUGAUAGUAAUAAAGGCAGACAAACUAUGGAAAAAAACAAGUCAAAAAAGCAUAAUUCGAAAUAUGAGGAUAGAAGCUCGCGAGAAUACGACGAUGACACCCUGAAGCAGAGGUAUUUGAAAAAUGGAAACAUGUACGGCCCUUGGUACGAUCUAUGGGGAUUAGAUUCUACAGGAGAAGUUCAGAAUAAGCAAUGAUUGAUAUCAUAAUGUAACUCAAGUUGUUCAUGUAAAUAUUUUACUUUACGUUAAUAUAAACUUGAUAUGGUUAUCUCUAUACUCGACGAUACAGUAUGUAUUCAUUUUAGUAAAUACAAUAAAAAGAAAAAAAUUAUUCAGGUAAAGAAUAGCAUGAAUACAAUAAUGUAUCAGUAAAGAGAUAACAGCAAUGAUAUUACUAAUGAAGAGAAGAGAAAUACAUUUAAAAUUUUCCAAAUGGAGAGUCAGAAUGAAAAUAAGCAAUAAGAGACGUAUUCCAUUGAAAGUACUAUUAAGAGGAAAAAACAAAGCCAUACAAUACUAUCAGGAUAAAUGGGAAAGUGGCAAAAAAAGACAUUCAAAGUGACAGAAUAUCUAAACAUAAGCAAUACUACGACUCUAUUACUGAAGAUGGGCUGUUUGAUAGUGAUAAAGGUAGACAAACUAUCGAAAAGAACAAGUCAUGUCAAGUCAUGUAUGGUCCCUUGGUACGAUCUCUAGGGAUUAGAUGCUACAGAAGUUCAGAAUAAGCAAUGAUUGAAUUAUUAUAAAUCAAGUUGUUGAUGUAAAUAUUUUGCUAUAUAGAUCUUUAUAUUAGGUUAAAUUUAAUAUGGUUAUAUCCAUACUCGAUUAUGCAGUAUCUAUUAAUUUAUCAUUUUCUAUUUCAUACACUAUACAAUUACUCCAAUAUCCAUGGUUAUGUUAUGCAGUAUGUAAGCUUGGUACCUGUCAUUUUCUUUUGUUCACACAGAUGUUUUCUUCUAGUGCCAAUAUUGAAAUAAAAACAUUAUUUAUACAAGAGCUGAACUACUGUAUUUUUUACAGCCAAUCUUGAAUUUAUUACUACGUCACACUUUAAAUAAUAUAUUGGAAGAAUCAUUAGGAAAUUUCAACUGCAUAAAAAAACUUAAGAUUGUGGUUUUUGAGUUAUAGGUUACUUCCAUUUUACAAGAUUUUCUUACUGUUUAUCUAUAUAGGUGUUUAUCACGGAUAACAUAAAAAAUUGCCUGAUAGGGUGUGUUGAAAGUUGGGACUUUCUCUUUCAGAAACAACUAAGUUAAAGUAAAUGAAUGCAGCAGAUUGCCUAAAUUUGCAUAUAUAGUUCGUCAAUCGUGUUCACCUCAAUUUAUACACUAAAAUAUUUCAUUUCGCCCCAACCAAAAAAAAAAAAAAAUUGUCUAGAUGCACUCGCGAAGCUUUUAUAGCAUUUCGAAGACCCUCACUAUGAAUUAAAAUAAUAUCGACAACUCCGUACUGCUGUACGAGUGCCAUUUUAUUUUUUUUAGAACCGAUGUGUAAAGGUUUUGUUUACCGACGCGGCCAGCUCCUGGAUUAAGUAAUGAUGCACACUGUACGUGUUCACGUUUCAUCUGAUCGAGAUGCAUUAGGCUUUGUUUAGGUUUAAUCGAUUUUGCGGAGCCUAACAUCUCGGUAAUCUUAAGAUUUUGGUGUACAUGUCAGUGGAAAACUGCUUAUUUUUGCAAGAUCUAUAUGCCGUGUAAUGUCCCAACUUUGAGGAACCCCUGAAUAUAUAUUUAUUAUGUGCAUACUGGAUCUUAUUUAAACCUCAUUUACUCUGCGUCAAAACAUGUAAGGACUCGACUGCCGCUUCUAUUCGCUUGGUCUUUACCAUUUAUGGCACACUGGCCAAUAAGACGGAAUUUGAACGUCGCGCGCUUGUGUUUAUUUUGAAGGGACGUAAAUGAGAUUUCAAUACAUAUUAAUUUUGUAUAUUACAAGACUGUAGCUUACCUAUGCUUUAUGCUUUUUGGAAUUGAUUGGUGUUGGUUUUUUUCAGGUCUAACAACUUAAUCACAAUAAAGCUUCGCAAAACUAACCCCAGCACUGAAAGAGCUACUGCUUCUUCUCACGCUUUUGAAUAGUUUAUAAACAUUUUUAGAGUCUAGGAAAUCAUUGUUACCAUGUUAUAUAAAUUAUUGUUUGUACUGUUUUGUAAAAUAUACAUAUUAUAUAUCUAGAGGUAAUAUAAAUGCCAAUUGUAC